UGCGUCCCGUUGCUAUGACAGCAUCCGAAGGUUAACGGCUACUCCUCCCCUGCCUCCCAGGUUCUCCGCAUGGGCUGGGAGGGAGAGAGCCUGGCCGCGUCUCCAUGGCGACGGCGGACGCGUGGUGCAGGCAGCUGGUACCUACCGACUAGAAAGGCGCAAGCGGCAGCGGGCAUCCAGACUGGGGCGAAGCCAUGUCGGACCUGGGCUCGGAGGAGUUGGAAGAGGAGGGAGAGAAUGAUCUUGGGGAGUAUGAAGGGGAACGGAAUGAGGCAGGUGAACGGCACGGACACGGGAAAGCGAGACUGCCCAAUGGGGACAUAUAUGAAGGGGACUAUGAGCAUGGUAAAAGACAUGGCCAGGGGAUCUACAAAUUUAAAAAUGGUGCUCGGUACAUCGGAGAAUAUGUUAGAAACAAAAAGCAUGGCCAAGGCACGUUCAUCUACCCAGAUGGAUCGAGAUAUGAAGGUGAGUGGGCAGACGACCUGCGGCAUGGCCACGGCGUGUACUACUACGUCAACAAUGACACCUACACCGGAGAAUGGUUUGCCCACCAAAGGCACGGGCAGGGCACCUACUUCUAUGCAGAGACGGGCAGCAAGUACGUGGGUGCCUGGGUGAACGGCCAACAGGAGGGUGCAGCUGAGCUCAUCCACCUGAACCACAGGUACCAGGGCAAGUUCUUGAACAAAAACCCUGUUGGCCCUGGAAAAUACGUUUUUGAUAUUGGAUGUGAACAGCACGGGGAGUAUCGCUUGACUGACGUGGAAAGAGGAGAAGAGGAGGAAGAGGAGGAGACACUGAUAACUGUCGUUCCGAAAUGGAAAGCCACCAAAAUCACAGAGUUGGCUUUGUGGACCCCGACCCUCCCCCAGGAGCAGCCCGCUGCAAACAGACCAGGCCAGGAGGAGGCCUCAGGAGCUGAGGGUGGGGGCGAGAUGGUGGAGGAGGUCCAGCCUCUGACCGAUGUGUCAGAGGGGGAGUUAGAGUCGAUGCGGCCUGGAGAUGAGGAGGGAGACGCCAGCAGAGAGGACCGAGAGGAAUAUGAUGGCUUGGACCAGGGAAACGUUAGUUUUGAAGAAGAGGAAGGCAGACAGUCAGAACUGCUAGAAUAAGAAGCAAAGCCAGGAUGGUAGGAG